CUCUCAGAAUCUUCUGCCGUACAAUCAAGAACACGAUUUGUCAACUUCAACUAACUCUUUCGAAAUAAUUCAAGAAUCACAAUCAUUCAAUACAACCAAACAACAAGAACGAAAUGGCAUCAAACGAAGUACCAGAAUUUCUCUACCACGUCAAGCGUACGGUAACAGACUAUUAUGAAGACAACUCCGGCGCUACCCGCAUGGUCGAUAUCCUAGGAACCUUCACCCAACUCGCUGCCGCCAAGCAAGCCGCAUACUCAGCUCUUGCAUCAGAAGGCUAUCUCCGCGACGACUUCGAGAAGUACGAGGCAAAACAUGAGGUUGAGGCCGAAGAGUGGAAGCACCCUGAUGGAGUAGUUACGUUUGCCAAGGCACCUGCUGGCCAAGAGUUCGAGGUCCGUCUUGAUACGAAGCCAAACGAGAUGAAGCUCAAGGGCGAUGCUGCUGGUGAGGUUGAGGGCCACUUGCAUUAUGUCUUGCAAACCACAAUUAACUACAACAACGACCGUAUCGGUGGCAUCCAAAAUACCGAAGUCGAAGGCACAUACCUAACCCGCAAGGCUGCAUUCGAAGCCGCAAAGACCUGUCUCCUCGACGAAGAAGUAACAAAGGAGUCUUUCGCCGAGUACGACGAGAAGGAACAAUUCAAGGGCGAGUGGCCAUACGGUGAUGAGUGCUUGGUUCAUGCUGUUGGUGAGACGGGCGAGAACUUCUUGGUUUCCGUCAAGGCUCAACCACAUCAUCAUAAGGGACAUGGGUGUACGCAUCAUGGAGGAAAGAAGUGCGAGUGUUCAUGCACACAUGCGGAGGGUGGAUGCAAGCACAAGCAAUGCAAGCAUGAGGAUUGUGAUUGCAGUAAGAAGAGUCAUUAAGGAGAGGCACUUGCUGGUGGGUUGGUGAUACGGCAUUGAGGGCGUCUUGGCGAGAUUGGGAAACAAAAUAAUUGGAAAUAAUUGGUGAUAGGCUGGGUGAUUUGCCUUGAAGACAGCAUGGUAUUUGCAGAUUUACAAUCUUGCACUUCAACUUGAUACAGUCUUUACGCAACGUGAUCAUCAUUUCCGAUUCAUUGAAGGACUUUGCUUUAGUCAAAAACCAGAUUGCGAUAGCAGACUUAUGGCCACGUCCUACAAUAAUCAACUGUGUACUGGCCUGGAACGAAAAUGAGAGGUUUUUGGACCAGACUGGUCGUCCGUCAGCCUGACCUAUUGAGGUCAGAGCAAAUAUAUUCUCUUCUGCUUGUUACUGACUUCGGUUAUACCUCUGUAUACGACUAUAAAAGACACGAAGUGACCGAGCGUACUAAGGGA